AUGGCUAGGAUACGGGCGGGUCCGGCCGCGCUGCGACUGCGACGGGCGGCUGGUGGCAAUCAGAUGUCACGCUCGCUUUCACGACCGUUAUCACACCCGGCGACGCGACUGUCGAUAGGCGCGUUACGCGCAAGAUGCAUUGCGACGAAUGCUGCGAUCCAGGAGCCCGAUGUGGAUUUCCCCGCGAGUGUGCCUCCAGUUUCGGUGCCGGCGACGUCGAAGGUGGAUGAGCGGAGGAAGGCGAUUAAGAACGCGAAACCUUUUUCUGAUUUCCUGACGGAUACGUUCAAUCGGCAGCAUGACUAUCUCCGCAUCAGCAUUACCGAGCGCUGCAACCUGCGGUGUCUGUACUGCAUGCCAGAGGAGGGCAUACCGCUAUCACCCCCCGCUAACAUGCUCACCACACCCGAGAUCUUCUACCUCUCCUCCCUCUUCGUCUCGCAAGGCGUAACCAAGAUCCGGCUCACAGGCGGCGAGCCCACGGUCCGCCGCGACAUCGUCCCGCUCAUGCAGCAAAUUGGCAGUCUGCGCCCGCGCGGCCUCCGCGAACUCGCCCUCACAACCAACGGCAUCUCGCUACACCGCAAACUAGACGCCAUGGUGGAAGCAGGUCUGACCGGCGUCAACCUCAGCCUCGACACCCUAGACCCGUUCCAGUUCCAGAUCAUGACCCGACGGAAAGGCUUCGACGCCGUCAUGCGCUCCAUCGACCGCAUACUCGAAAUGAACAAGCUGGGCGCAAAAGUUAAGCUAAAGGUCAACUGCGUCGUCAUGCGCGGUCUCAACGAGCGCGAGAUCCUGCCUUUUGUCGAAAUGGGCCGCGAGAAAGACAUCGAAGUGCGAUUCAUCGAAUACAUGCCCUUUGGCGGCAAUAAAUGGAGCGAGAACAAGAUGAUCAGCUUCCAGGAGAUGUUAGACACCAUCCGCACGAAAUACCCCGGGCUGAGACCGGUCCCUGGACACAAAAACGACACGAGCAAGACGUACGAAGUGCCUGGUUUUGUGGGCAAAGUCGGCUUUAUAACGAGUAUGACGAACGAUUUCUGUGGGUCCUGUAACCGGCUUCGCAUUACGAGUGACGGGAAUCUUAAAGUCUGUUUACAUGGUAAUGCGGAGGUGAGCUUGAGAGAUGUGCUAAGACAGGGCAAUGGCGGCGAGCCUAUUGAUCAAGAAGCGUUUGAGCGCAUAAAGCAGGUCGAGAUGGACAGACACGAAGGCCGGCUUAGCGACGAAACGGUGCUGGGCUGGGGCCAACGCGAGCGCGAACUUCUCGAUGUUGUUGGAGCUGCUGUGAAGCGCAAGGCGGAGAAGCAUGCUGAUCUGGACGACCUUGCCAAUAUGGAGAAUAGGCCUAUGAUUUUAAUUGAUGACAAGCCCUUGUCCAGUCUGGAUUCCCAGUGGUCCACGUUACGAAGACAACCACCCCACCACUCAAACCCCCUACUCCCCCGAUCCAGCACACCCACCUCGCCCCUGCCUUUCCUACACACCACAUCUCCUCCAACAACCACAACAACCACAACAACUACUACUAUCCGCGCCUUCUCCACAUCCCCCACCCCCUCCGCAAAGAAAACCUACCAACUCAAACGCCUCGCCAAAGCAAAGAAGCUCCUAAAGAACAUCGACACGUCCCGAUCCACAGACGCUUUCGGCGUCCAACAGUUUUUAGAGGACGUCGAAGCGCCGAAUGAAUCUGAAAACCUCCUGAGGGACAUCGAGAAGAAGAUUGCGAAUCUACAUCGUCGGAUCGUGGAGGUUGAGAGGGGGACGCCGCUUGCUCCUGCUUCUGCAUCCCGGGUGCUGGACCCGCCAGUAUCGCCGGUAGUGCCUGAAGUACGUGUGGCUGAUACGUUUGAUGCCGUUGGCACUCCUAUUGGUAACGAUGCGACGGCACCAAGAAAAAGGAAAGGCAAAAACGAGCGCGAGCGAGCCCGAAGACGGGAACAAGAAAGGUAUCGAACUGAGAAGAUGAAAGAACUUGGUGUGCUCUUAGCGUCGUAUAAACAACAAGCCGCAGUCGUCAAAGCCGAAGCAGAAAAGACAGCUGAGAUGCGAAAGCGACGCGAACAAGUCCUAGCAAAAAAACGCUUACUACUCCAACAACUCAACGCACAUGAAGAGGGGGAGCGCAGGGCUAGUCUCGUGCGCAGAACCAGCAUGGCGGAUAGGGAGGGGGCGUUGCCGGAGGGAUUCGAGCUUGAUGAUGUACUCGAUGAUGCUAUGAAGAAGGUUAAGAAGAUGCCGAUGCAUCCGCCGAGGGAAGAGAGGGAGUAUAAAGAGAGGGAUGUUAAAGAUGUGGAUGUCCCGAAGGCGAAGAGGGUGGUGUGGCCGGCGGGGAAGGGGGCUGUGAGUGUGUUGAAGAGGGGGGAUGAGAUUGUGGGGGAUCCGAUUAUGGAGAGGGAACGAGAUGGUGCUGGGGAUGUUGGCGUGACUGAAUCGACGGAGGAACAGGCGCAGACGACUACCAGCGAAUCGAUCGACGAGCCACUAGUAGAUGAGCCAGUUGAUAUGGUUGCCGACGAUUUCACGAGUUCAGUCGCAAACGCAGGAGAUCCCUUCCCUCCCGCCUCCGUCCAACAAAAGCCAUCAACCAAGGCCAGCAAACCCACCAACAUAAUCACCCCCCGCUCCCCACCAUCCCCACCGUCCUCCAAAGAUGACCUCCGCCUCAACAUCCCUCCAUCAGGUAUCAUCCCCAUCGACUCUACCCUAAUCCUCUCCCUCGACGCCCCCGUCCCGCACCUCCAAUCCCAAGUCCUCGCCCUCCGCAACCGCCUAAAAUCCUCCUACCCGCGCAUCGACAACCUACCCUACGACGUCUGGACCUCGUCCAACAAACGCACCUUGCAAACCUGGCUUAAAAUCUUAAUCAGCCGGUGGAACGCGCGGUUUGAUCAUGUUGAUGGUACUGGUCAGGUGGAUAAGCGCAUUGUGGAUGAGAGGGUCAAGGAGGUACUGGAUAGUAUGGUUCGGGAACAUGAUUUGGGGAAUGAGGCGGCGGAACGCAUGGCGGUGAGGUGGCAUGAGGCGUUUGAGCGGAGGGGGGAUAUGUGGGGGGAUGCGGAGGGGGUGUUGGAUUGGGAGGAGAUGGAGGCGGGGGGGUUGGGGUUUUUGGGUUUGGAGACUGAAGAAAUGGAUGGUGAGGUGCCGAUGCUGAAGCAAGAGAUGGGCGAGACUGGUGAGGAGGUGGAUGGCGAGAAAAAGAUUGAGCCUAUGCCUGUGAGGAUGGCGGGGAGUGGCGUGACAACGAACGGGGUCAUGGGACGGAGGAUGUAUUCGACGUCGACGAGGAGGGGCUUUUGGUCAUGGUCGAAGAUUCUAGGGACGGAUGGAAAAGACGAGAAGAACGAGAAGAAAGAGGAGGUGAAGCAGGGACCCACGGUAGACGCCAAACCAGACAGCAAGACUCAGCCCAAGCCCGCUGCUACGCCGAACGCCAGACCAGUCGUGAAAACCGAUGCGAAAACGCACGAGAAGACCAACAUCCAAUCAAUCGCCAAACCAGACGUCAAGCCCGACCCAAAGCGCCAACCCAAGCGCCCCGCAGAGUCCGUCCCACCAAAGCCCGACGACCAAUCUGACGCCAAAGCGGAAACAAAAGAUGACGCCAAACCCGACCCCAAAGCAGACACAAAAGAUGACGCCAAACCCGACCCUCGCAAAAUUAGAGAAGACUCACCUCGGAUGCAUCGGCCUCCCGGUCAGGGCGUAAGUAAGACCGUCUUGCGGAAUAAGAGGAGGCAAGCUAAGAAGAUGGAGGAUGAGAGACGAAUGACUGAGGUACUGGAGCGAGGAAGAGAGGGUGGGGAUGAACAGAUGGACGUCCAAGAGCAAGGGAUAGAAGAUGAGAAGAGAGAGUUGGGCGCACAUGAACAUGCAGGAGAAUUCGAAACCAAACAACCGCCCCAACAGCCGCCCCAACAGCCGCCAACGGUCGAACGCGCAAUCGACGAAUUACCGCAAUACCGAGUGGAAAGCAUCAAAAAGGUCGAGGAAGUCUUACCUAAGCCCGUACCACGUACCCACCAAAUCGUACCUAACCAAGACGCCGACACCGACACCGAUAAACCAGCCUUCGUACGCGCCAAGAGACCCCUCCAGUCCCUACCUGGACUCAGACGCUCGAGGCAUGUUGAAUGGAGGAAAUUGGAGCGGACAGAAUUGCCCGGGCCGCCUAGACAUAUUGUGAAGCCCCCGACAGACAGCAAGGGCAAGGCUCCAGGAACAACGUCGCUGCAGGACUUUUUGGAUAGCAUGAAUGAGGUUGCUGCGCAUUCGCCUUUUGAGGCGGAACCGAGACAGCAGACUCGUCCUCUGUCGAUGCUGGAGGGGGAGAUGGAGGUACCAGUGCAACAACCAUCCUCCGCUCAACAACCCGUUUCACAGACUAAACCCACCCCCUCACAAUCCCAACUACAACAAUCCCAACUACAACAGUUCCAACAACAACCAUCCCUCCCCCACCUCACACCCUCGGGAUCCGCACACAUGGUCUCCGUAUCCGCCAAAGAACACACCACCCGCACCGCCAUCGCCGUCGGAUCCGUGUAUUUCACAAACGCCGUGCCCCUCCGCCUCAUCCGCUCAAACGCCAACAAAAAGGGAGAUGUGUUGGGUACAUCGCGCAUAGCCGGCAUAAUGGCCGCGAAAAAAUGCCCAGACCUAAUCCCACUAUGCCACCCCAUCGCUCUCACGCACGUUGGCGUUGAACUCCGCCUUUUUGGUGAUAAGGGGGAUCCGCGGACAACAACAACAACAACAACAAAGGAAGGGGAGAUGGAGGGGAUUAUGGGGGUAUUGGACGGGAAGGGGAAGGACAAGAUGAGGAAGAUGGGGAAGAUGGGUUUUGGGGGUGUGAACAUCGAAGCCAAAGUGCAAUGUACAGGCCCCACGGGAGUGGAAAUGGAGGCCCUGACAGCGGUUAUGGGCGCGGCGCUUAGUGUGGUGGAUAUGUGUAAGGCGGUGGAUAGGGCGCAGAGGGUGAGUGGGGUUAGGGUUGUUAUGAAGGAGGGGGGGAGGAGUGGGGGGUGGAGAGAAGGGGGGUGGAGGAGUUGGCAGGAGUGA